AUGAGCGCGUCUGCCCUCGGUGCUGCGCUCUUCCGCCAACACUCCACCAUGCUGCAGUGCGCCAUGCCCCAGUGCCCGCCGCCGUCGCAGCGCCCUGCCCCGGCAAACGACUCCGCCGCAAACAACUCCCGUCCGAACGCCGCUCCGGCCGCUACCACCACCGCCGCCGCCGCAAACGCCAGCACCUCGGCCGCCAACUGCUACGGCUAUCACAACACCUUCCACACCCACACCCAGCCCUGCGACCUGGAUGCCAAACCACCCGCCUACGCGCCGCGCCAGCCCGCGGAGAAAUGCAGCAACGAGGCCCUGCCAAGCUACUCGUGCUCGGUGUUAUUCGAAGGGCCGCUGGGCAUCAAGACCGAAUGCAUCAACUUCUUCGACAAGCCGUGCCCAAAGGAGCGCCAAUGGCAAGACGUCUACGCCAUCCUGCGCGGCACCCAACUCAACAUCUACCGCCUCAAGACCACCCUGUUCUCCAAAUCCAAGAAGCCGGCGCCCGGCAAACUGCUGCGCACAUACUCACUCCAGCACGCCGAGCUCGGGCUCGCCCUUGACUUCAAGAAGACUGACCUCGUGCCCAAGUCGCCGCUGGCCAAACUGGUGCCGCUAAACUCGCGCCAGGCUGUCUACCAGACCGACCCACACCUGUUCUGGCCAAUCAGAGAGCACGUGAUGCGGCUGCGUCUCGAGGCGGAUCAGUUCUUGCUGUGCGCUGCCGAGCAAGAGGGAAUGUUGGACUGGAUCGAGAACCUGUGCGCUGCCGUCGACAUCAGCCCGCCUCUGGAGGACCGGAGCGAGCCGCGGUACCGCAGCCUCCCCAGAAGAGGACGCAGACAGAGGCAGCUGGACGGCCGCCCGACCCGCCAGGAGGCCAUUGAUCUGCACGCCAGGAGACUGCUCGCCGAGCAGGAACGCAUCAUCAGGACCAUGUAUCCGAACCUCGCCCGCGACGGAGACGACGAGCACCCGGAGCACCCGGAGCAGUCGGAGCAGCCGCUUGGCGAAGCCGACGGCGACGCUGAGGAUUUUGCCAUGGAUCUGCUCUUCCCCAACAGGCCGCCUUCACCGCGCCCUGGCAACUUUUCCAACAGUAGCACGCAGAACAUGGAUGACGCAACUGACCGCACCACCGCCCGCCGCGCUUCGGUGGAUUCCCAACUUGCCCCCACUUCGGGCAAGUACCCCUUGGCCGAAAACCCGCAACCCUCGGCAUCCUCCACUCUCCGCUACCGCCGCCGCUGCGCUCCCGUCCUUUUGGCAGCUUCGCCCCGGGCGAGCGAUGUCAUGUACUGGGACGGCAUGCGACUCCGCAUCAACGUGAAGAGGCAGAUUGUCAUGGAGUUUCACGAGUCGCCGCCUCACUACACGGCUCACCGCUUCACGGCCGCCGACCGCGAGGCUGCUCUUCGCACGAACUCACGGCCGGACGUGCGGCGCGAGGCGUCCGACGACAGCGUCGCAAUGUCUUUCCACAGGGACGCCGACGUCGAGCUUACUCCGGUGGCCAGCCGCAGUACUCAGCAGCGAUCAGACCUGGACGACGUCGAGUCGCACCAAGCUGACCAACAGGUGCACGAGAGCACGCCACCUAGCCCGACCCCGCUGCAGCUCACCAAGGUCAAAACCGAAGGCGAGCGCAGCGAGCGUCGCCUGUUGGACAGGGUCAAGGGGCCGCUCACGGGUGUUGCCGAGGCAUUUGGCGGCCUUGUCGUCUAG